AUGAGCUGGGAGGGUCUCUUAUCAGCCUUUCACGAGUUUGGCCACGUCUUCUACAGACUGGCCUAUUCUGGAGAAUGUAACCAUGGUGACCAUGGCAAUCGGUUUCAUCUACCCCUCACUUUGAAACAGGGUGCCCUUCCAGUCUUCCAUGAAGUGGCUGGGGAGGCUUUGAUGUUGGGCAGUCUGACUCCGAUUUCAAUGCAAGUGGUCGAGGCAAUUGUGUCAGUUUCUGGUCAGAAUACCUUGAGUAGGAAGAACUUUCCUCUGGCGGGCUAG